GUGUGUGUUGUUCCGUGGGGCGUGACGGGGUCGGAACUGAGCUGUGUACCACUGCCCAAACACACACGCACAACACAAAACAAGACAACACAACAAGAAUACAACACAAACCAACGCAUGAAGAUGGAGACGCUGUGAACAGUUUGAAGCUCAUCUCUCAGGUAUGGGGGCUGCUCCCAGCACGUCUAAUGCAGGAACUGGAGGGAGCUGCCAAGACCAUGACCAGCAACCAAUAAUUGAGAAUGAUGACAUUAAGAGGCGGAACUCCAGCAGGAGAUGCAGCUCAGGAGAGACGGUUCCCUGUCCGACCUGCCAGGGCACUGGACGUAUACGCAGAGGUCAGGAGAGCAAGCUGGUGGCUGUCAUCCCCUGUAAUGACCAGAGGCUGAAGCCUAGACACACGAAGUUAUAUGUUGCUGUGUCUGUUGGUGUGUGCCUGCUGGUCAGUGCCCUGGUGCUGUUCUUCUUCUUUCCUCGUGCUGUCCUGCUGUCUCCAGUAGCUGUCAAGUCAUCCUUUGUUUACUUCACCAAGAACAACAUCCUUAUUAACAUCACGCAUGUGUUGAACAUCACCAACAACAACUUUGCGACGGUGCAGACCUAUAAUCUGUCAGUGCAGGCCCUCACCUUUGACACGGUGGUGGGAUCAGUGUCUAUUAAGAACGUCACCUCUGUCAAACCUCUGUCCACCACAACGUACUCGUUCGUGAUCCCCAUCCAGCUCUCGGACCCUGGUUUGAAUAACUACUGUAAGAAAGCUUCCCUGCCUGUCCACAUCCUGUAUCUGCAUAUGCAGACUUCAGGAAGUUACUUCAAUUGGAUUUGGCUGCAACACAGUUUACCCCUGAAACUCCUAAAGUGUGUUAGGGACUCAAACACUUCACCCACCCCUCCAUCGGCAUAGUGGAUGUCGAUGAUAGUUUACUACCUGGCCCACUAUGAGCAGCUCUCCCUGGAGACGUACGAGUACAUCGACUGUGGAGCAAACAGUACCAUACCACAUCAGGUGCAGCGCCCUCCACCCUGAUGGAUGGAACACACGAACAAACACUGAGGACAUCCUGUUUUUUUCCAUGAACUCUGAUGCUAAAAUGUAUAUUGUACCAGGAUGUUGUUAGUGUUCAUCCUGGAUUGAAGAAGCCUGGAAUCUGAGCAAUGUUUUCAGGUCUAACCCUCUUUAGGUUGAUUAUACUUACAAUGAAGUGUGGUGCCCAAUUAGACCCUGGUGCGGAUCAAACAACCACACUGAGACGGCGUGAAAUGAGGAUCAGAGUCUGGUGUUGGUCGUCUGUGGACUGAAUGCAAAUUGACCAAUCUCAGUAUGUUAUGGUUUUAGCAUGAAUUUAAAAACUAUACUGUUAAUGAAUCCAUUUGCUGUUUAUAAACUGUUGGGGAAGCAAACUCUGCUUACACAGAUAAAAUAUGUUUAUGUGAAUAAUUUGGUAAUAACACAUAUGUGUGUAAACCAUAGACUUCAUAUAAAUAUGGGUUACGUUAGCUCCCAAAAGUGAAGUCAAAAUAUCUGUAUUGUCCCCUGGUGGCUGGCUCCAGCAUACUGUAGGUCAAAACCCUGCCUGUUCAAGUGUUCAUGUUUCUGAUGAGUUUGGUUAUUUGAUGCUUUAUGAAUGGGAUGAAAUGUCACAAUUGACAGCUGAGACUGACUUGUUAUCAGUCCAGUUUGUGUGUUGGCGAUUUAUAGCAGCGCUCCACGCCACAAUCACAACUGCACGAACUCUGACUCCAAAUGAUGUCACCACUACAAGAUGGCAGCACCAUUAUUGUUACAAGUUAUUUUUUGAUGAGCUGCGUGACACCAGCGUGACACCAGAAAGCAAACAGAAAGCAUUACAUUUUCCCAUGUAAGUUCUGAUGGUAUAACUUCAUAUUUACUACUCUUUAAAAAGAGUCAGUGUAAACACAAACCAGACCGAAACUCUAAUAAAACAAUGUGCAGAAAAUCA